AAAUUAUUUCAAAUGUGAAAAAAAUAUUUUAAUAAUUAUAAUGCAAAAGUAAAAGGAUUUAUCUUUCAUUUUCAUUAAUUUGGUAUCACUUGCGUUAUCGGUGGAGGAUGCAUUUUGCCUCUGAAAAGUGUUGAUUUUGCAGGAUUAACACUGUAAGCAACCGCCAUUACUUUAUGCUUGUGGAUGCCAUUGCUGUAGUAUUUGGAUUACUCGCUCUGAUAUCUUUUUUCUGAAAUAUUUCAAUUUAAUAUUCAAUCAAGAUGGGGAGGAAAGAUGGAAAGCCACGUGGACGCAUGUCCUCUUAUGCCUUCUUUGUACAGACUUGUAGAGAGGAACACAAGAAAAAACACCCAACAGAAAAAGUGGUGUUUGCUGAAUUCACCAAAAAGUGUGCCGAAAAAUGGAAGGAAAUGACUGGCAAGGAAAAGAAAAGAUUUGAAGAUAUGGCAGAGAAAGACAAAGCUAGAUAUGAGGCAGAAAUGAAGAAUUAUGUACCAGGGCCAGGAGAGAAAGUCGGAAGAAAGAAGAGAGAAAAAGAUCCUAAUGCACCAAAGAGAUCCCUUUCUGCAUUCUUUUUCUUCUGCAACGAAGAAAGACCAAGUGUCAGGAAAGAUCAUGGUGAUUGGUCUGUAGCACAAGUUGCCAAGGAGAUGGGAAAACGAUGGGAGAAAGUAACCGAUAGAUCAAAAUAUGAAAAGCAGGCAGCUGCAGAUAAAAUCAGAUAUGAACAGGCAAUGAUAAUAUACAGGGGAGGUGGUGCAGCUCCAGCAAAGAAACCAGCAGGACCCCCAGCAAAGAAAGCCAAACCAGAGAGUGAAGAGGAGGGAGAUGACGAUGAUGAAGAAGAAGAAGAAGAGGAGGAUGAAGAUGAUGACGAAUAAACACUGGCAAUUCUGUAUCAUGAACAAUUGGGGGGUAUCCUGGAUCAAGAAAUGUACAAUUUCUGUUAUGUAUAGUUGAUCAUUUGUAUAUAUUGUUCAUCUUAGAUGAUUGUAUAUUUAACAUUGUAUAUAAAAUCAUUAUUUUAUUCAUCCCAUCCAAGGGGAAACAAUCCUGUCAAUUCACUUCAAAACAAAAUUACAGAAGCUUUCAUGUAUGAUAUCGAAUUAUUAAUACUUUCAGCGAUGAAUAAAAAUAUUUAUCUAUGUACAUUUAAAAUUUCAUUCCUCUCAGACUUUCAAGUAAACAGCUACAAUACAUUUUUCACUAUGAAAGUGCUAAAUAUUUUUCAUCACCAUUAUAUUUUAAUUAUGAAAUGUUAAUGAAUGUCAUGUUUAAAUAGAUUUUAUAAUAAAACAUAAGAAUAU